AAUAACUUGCUCAGAAAUAAUGAUAAAUGUUUUUAAAUGACGCUAUAUAAACACCUUAACUAAACAAUUUGAUACUGCAACGCGAAUUUGUUGAUAUAUUGAAGUUGUCAGAAGCAGUAGUUAAUGAGAAUAAAAAAAAUGGAUGACUUGGCCUCAAUGUCGCAUAAUUUUGAUGCAGACUUAGAAAAAUACCGUGCGGCUGAUAACAUGGAAGAAUUUUACGAUAAAUGGGCAAACGAAUAUGACAACAUACUUCUGCCAAGUCGCCUAAUGGCGAUAAACGAUUUCGCUGCACAAUUACUGGAAAGCAAAGUAAAAGACAAGGAAGUCAAAAUACUUGAUGUUGCAUGUGGUACGGGGUUAACUGGUGUUGCGUUGCAAAAUGUGGGUUACAAGACUAUCGAUGGUAUAGAUUUAUCGAACGAAAUGCUUGGAAAAGCGAAGAAAAAAAAUAUUUAUCGCAACCUAACACAGGGAUGUAUAAAUGAGAAGGAUACGUUGCCGCAUGAUAAUGAUUCCUAUGACAUUGUCACUUGUAUGGGAGCAAUUUCGAAGAAUUCGAUUGCCAUUGAGCAUGCACUGCGUGAUUUUAUUCGGGUUACAAAGCCAGGGGGAUACUGCGCUUAUACAGUGAAUGAUAUUCACAACGAGAGAAGUUGUUUCGAAUCACACGGGAGAGUUAUAACCGCACUGAAAUGCGAAUUGGUAUUAAUGGAGCAAAGGUUUUACUACUUAAAGGACAACAAGGAAACCAAUUGUUAUUUUUGUUUGAUUAAAGUUUUGUAAAAAGAAAACAAUGUGUCAGGUUA